CGCAGCUCUCCGCAGCGUGGAGCAACUUUGAAGUCGAAAGGAACAGGUUGUUUAUAAGAAAGUUGGAUUGAACCGUGAGCUCGGUGUGAAACAACCGGAGGUAUGACCGACCUGUACGUCUCUUUGGCGGUGUUGGGAGCCGCGGUGCUGCUCAGCGAGGCGGUCCGCCGGACGGCCGCCGCGUGUCUUUUCCCGGGAGUUUACUGGAUCUACCUGCUGGAAGCCGCGUCCACCUUCCAGCUCUGCAGCUGCACGCACGAGCUCAAGCUGCUGGGUGAGACGGCCCAGCUGGGGCCGCCGGUCGGCCUCACCCUCACCUACGUUGUGACGGUCGUUCACCUGACAACUUUCCGCGGGGCCACGUGCAAUCCCAGCGGGGCUCUGGAGUCCGUUUGCCGCGGGACCAGCGGCGUCGGAGCGGCCGCCGUCCUCGUCGCCUGCCAGUUCGCCGCUGCGGUCGCCGCGCAGCUUUUCGCCGCCGCCGUUUGGUCGCUCGGUCUCUCCGAGGUCCACGUCCGGCACCAGAGGUUCGGGUUCCGGUGUUUCGACCCCCUCGGCGGGACUCUGCUGGAGGCCGCGGCCGUCGAGCUGGGCUGCGCCUUCGCGGUCCAAGCUGCCGCCAUGCACGUGCACAGACUGGACCAAAAACUUCGCGCUCACUUCAUCGCCGCUGUCGUCACCGCGAUGGUUUACACAGGUGGAAGUAUUUCCGGCGCCAUCUUUAACCCCGUCCUGGCCUUCUCCGUCCAGUUCCCCUGCAGCGGCCACACCUACCUGGAGUACUGCUUUGUCUACUGGCUGGGACCCGUCUUAGGCGUGGCGAGCUGCAUCCUGCUGUUUGAGAAGAUCAUCCCCUUCCUCUCUGGUAAGAGCACCAUCGGGCCGGACGUCCCCGCUGUCCACAAACAGAAGAAGAAGAAGACACGGUAGCAUCAGAGACGUGAGGACCGGCACAUCUUAUUGCCUUUUAUAGCACAACGAGGCCUGUGAGGUUAAAAACAAAGCUUUGAUUGAAUCAGUGGGUUCAGCUCUUCACAAAUAUUUCACACAUGAAAUACUGUCAAAAGGACAUCACUUUAGAAGAAGUGUUGCGUAACUGUGACUCACUGCAACCAUACGGAAGUACAAAAUGUAAAAAUAUUGUAACUUUUUAAUGCACAUAAAUUAACCAAAGUGCACACAGAGAAAAAUAAAGAAUUCAAGCGGUUGAUGUGGUUAAUGGGCCGAUAAGUUUGACAUUAAGAUUUAUGAGCACUUUUAUUGUCCCUGCAUUUAACUUUUUCAUCUCCUCAAUGUCCAAGUGACCUUCCUAAAUAAAUACAGCGACACACGAACCAAGCUAUGUGUGAUAAAACUCAGGUUUAUGUGUGAGAUAAUAACUGACGUUACAACUAAUCAACACUUCUUUUUAAAUCUUUUAAAUAGGAAAGGCAUUGAGUUGAAGUGAAUUCGAUGUGAAGGAGUAUAACGUUAGGUGGUUUUGUCUGAUUUUAAUGUCGGUUUAUUUUGUUGUCAAAGCAUUAAACUCUGAUUAAACUAAAAUGUUUCUGGGACACUUGACUUGUAAACAUCAGUAAAAGAAAAGUUUUGACGACCAAAGCUUUAAACUUCUGCUCAAUCUUUACGUUUCCCUGCAUGCAUCAUGUUUGACUGAUGAUACUUUACUGUUUAUCUCCAAUAUGGGUGAAGAGUUAAACGUAUAUUUGUGUAAUAUUUGCAUUUCUGUCUCUCUUAAAACUGCAGAAACUUCCAUUUCUCUGUGAACCAAGUACAACUUAAUUCACAACUUUAAAUACCUAACGUCUGGAUGAUGAUAAUAAUGCUUUUUCUUUCUUGUAUCAUUAUUUCAAAUAGGAAUAGAAACGGCAAAAUGUACAAUAUAUUUUUAGAGAACACGCUUUAAAUAGUGUUGUAAUUUAAGUGAAUUUGUAAUAUGUUAUAUGAAAUAUUUUAAA